UUUUGACAAAUCGAAGCAUCCCGAAUACAGAUGUUUGUACUUCCUGUAUAAAACCAAAAUUAAAAUAUUUUGAAAUUCUCUCAAAUUACUAAUUGUCAUCUACAAAUUAGAGAAAAAGUACAAAGCUAUGUCUUGGGGAGGACAGCGGCCACAGCAAUACGGAGGUUAUGGAGCACCUCAAGGUUACCAGCAGCCUGGUGCACCACCAAGUAACCAACUUUACGGUCAGCAAGGUCAGGGCGGGUAUGGUCAGCAACCUCCACCACAAGGUUACAGACCACCAGGGCAAUAUGGUCAGCCUGGACAAUAUGGCCAGCCUCAGCAAGGACCCCCUGGUCAGUAUGGAGCACCAGGUCAGCCUCCUAGGGGACAGUAUGGUCAAGCACCACCACCUGGACAGUACGGUGCUCCAGGAGGGCAGUAUGGUGCUCCGAGUGCACCCCCAGGUCAGGGGUAUGGCGGACAACCUCCAGCAUAUGGUCAGCAACAACAAUACGGUGGGUAUCAACAGCCAGGGUAUGGUCAGCAAGGAAUGGGUGGAUUUGGAGGACAGCAAGCCCCUCCUCCUGGUGUUGGUCAAGAACUCUGGGGAUGGUUUCAGGCAGUAGAUGCAGACAGAAGUGGCAAAAUAACAGCAGACGAAUUAAGACAGGCAUUACACAAUGGUAACUGGACUGCCUUCAAUCCCGAGACAUGCAGACUGAUGAUAGGCAUGUUUGACAAAGACAGGAGUGGAACAAUAGAUAUACAUGAAUUUUCAGCAUUAUGGAAAUAUAUCCAGGAUUGGAAAAGUUGUUUUGACAGAUUUGAUACAGAUCGUUCUGGAACCAUCGACGCAAGAGAACUCACUACAGCAUUCCAGACUUUUGGAUAUAAUUUAUCUCCACAGUUUUGUGAUCUUGUGAUACGAGUAUUUGACCGUAAAGGUGCCAGAAACAUACAGUUUGAUGAUUUUAUCCAAGCGUGCGUGAUGCUGAAAACUUUAACAGAUAAGUUCAGAGCAAAAGACCACCAGCAGAAUGGGACUGUCAGAAUCAGUUAUGAAGAGUUUUUAGAAAUGGUUUUGGACACUACAUUAAUUCAGGGAGCUACGUAGUAAAAUGAAAUUAGAUGUUGUAUUAACGUAAGACUGUGAUUUGGUGGCACGAGUUAACGGCGCAUGAUGACUUGUACGAUUCAUUCUCCCUUACAGUUCAUGGACAUGGCGCUGGACAUCAAAGUUUGAGAGCAAGAUAUAUGGCUGUCGUUUGGAUCAUUUUUGUAUCACUCAUGUGGAUCUGUGUUAGUUGUGGAUGUAAAUAAUCAAGAAUGUCUUUACUGCUAUCAAAAUGUUGAUGUUGAAGAAUAACCAAACUGCUCAUAACAAAUGAAAUUUGUGUGUGUCUGGUAAAUGGAUGUUGUAGUUAUUGUAUCUUGGAGUUUUGUAUUUAAACUUGUUUUUAUGUGUUACGCAAGUAUGGUUGACAACACUAAUUCUGCAACUAUGUUAUUUAUUCUCCAACGAAAUUUAAGUGUUAAUUUCAUACUGGACCAACUUUCAAUUUUAAUCUUGGGCUUUCUUAAAGACGUUAGUACUACUGAUAUUUUUGUAACUGUUUUGUUGGCGGAAAAUCUUACUUAGUGUUCACUUUUACAGCUAUGGCAACUUUCACUCAAAAUAAAUAUUUGAGGCCAUUAUAUUUGACCACUGUUAAGAAUAAGAAUAGCCUUGUUAUUUAUACACAGUGGGUAUUGGGCCUUAGAAGUAUAUAUAGUGAUAAAGUUUGAAGUUCUUAUAAUGCAGCCUUUCUCUAGGCAUGGGAAAAGAAUGUAUACUAAUACAGUAGCGAUAGUACAGUAGUUCUUUAAGAAAUUAGCAGGAAUCAUUGUAAAUUUUAACAUCUUAUUUACCACUUACCAUACGAUAAAAUUAAUAGUGCCAUUUCUUGUUAGGAUUAGCUUCAUUGUAAAACAAGUUCCUAGCUUUAUCUGUCUGGGGUUGUGCCUAUAUAAAUAUAUAUAUAUAUAUUUCAUGUUCGUAUAAAGAAUCUAAUAUGAAUUUUUUGUUUUUUAAAAAUCUUUCCUAGUGGCUUUUUGAAAACAAAACUUGUCUUUGAGUAUUUUGGUAACUUUGUGUUCUUUUUUUUCUGGUUAAAUAUGUGAACAAGUUUUUUUCAUUUCAUAUUUAAUUUCGUUGUACCCUGGCAUAACGAGUUUUAGGGGAGUGUAUUACAGUCUCUUUGUCCAUCACUCCUUCACUCGUCCUGAAGUAUUUACUGUCUGAUCCGCCUUUUCCAUAACAGGGUUUUGCCUUCAUUUCUCUUUAAAUAUAAGACAGUACCAUUGAUACCAUACAGUAUUCUAAAGACCUCCAAGCAUUGUAAUAGGAACUUCUUAAAUUUUCAAAAUAUCUCUACUAGUUUUGAAUUUAUCAUCAGAAAACGAUGUUUCCACAAAAAAGCAGUUGGGCAAAGUGUUUGAGAAAAAUACUGAGAACUGAUGGCAAAUGCUUUGUGAGGAGGAAAGCACUCAUUUUGUUGUCUUCGACAUACUUUACUUUAUGAGAAUCUGUUAAGUAAUAAGGAAAAUAUAGGCACAGGGUUACCUAAAUCAUGACGUUUUCUCCAUGUGUACGGUAUCCAAGUCACUUGGGUAGAUAUUCUAAAAUUUUUAAAAUAAUCCCACCACCAUCAUCGGAGACCUUUAGAAUGACUAAGUUUACAUCUGGAUCUUUCAAAAUACAGUUGCAAUUUAUAGAAAACUUUGUUACGAAUUAAAUGGACCAAACAGUAAUUUAAUAACUAACCAGUUUUUGGACUUUCUGGGAGGACAUGUUAAGCAUAUGACUCAUAACUAUCUAUAAUUGUUUCAGUAUUGCCUCCCUUUUUAGUUAAUAGCUAUUCGAAAAAGAGCUAUUGUACUAGCCCAUUCUUCAGUGUUUGUGUCCACGUCCAGAUUUGGUUAAGUUUCUGUUUGUAAGCUAGUAUCUCAAUAACAACUUGUUGGAAUGAAUUGAACCUUCACACACUAUUCACUGUGAUGAACUGACUUGCAGUGGACAGGUUCCAUAACUCUGUUUUGCUUUUUUACAAAAUUAGGCCUCAUUGUUUAAAUUUUUGUAUGUAAGCUGGUAUCUCCUCAGUUCUUACUAAUGGGAAUGGAUUGAAACUUCACACACUUGUCCAUUGUGGUGUGUGUGUGGGGGGGGGGGGGGGGGGGGGGGGAGUAUGAAACACCUUCAGUAAUAGCACUAGUAAGAUUGGUACCUUGCAGUGAUAAUUUGCAAUCUUUUUGAGAUUUAUGUCUUUAAAUUAUCAAAUAUAUAAUAAAUGUGCUAUUUGAAUGCAAAGUGCUUUGUGAAUAUUUACAUUGAUCUAUUUUUAUUUUGUUUGCAUUUGUAUCAUUAUGUGUAAACAAUGAAAUACUUGCUAAAUUAUGAAAUAAAGUUGUAGGUUGGGAACAAUAAUUUUCGUACAUUUUUUCAUGUAAUAGUCAACCUGUUUGUAUGCUGAUGUAUUAAUUGAAGAAGGCAAUAUCACUGAUUGAUGGUGUAUGAUUUAAUUGACAUUUUUCUACUCCAUUCUGCCAUCUAGCAUUUAAAACCUAAAAUUUAGGCAACUAGUAAAAAUAAUAUUAUACACCAAGUGAUUUUAACAUAAAGUGCUUUUUGACCUCGUCAUUUUGAACUUUUUUUACUUCAUUUACAUUGUCGUAUACAUUAUUUUAUACAUAUGUUCUGUAUAAUUAAUUGUAAACAAUCGAGCUACUUGCUAUAUUAAGAAAUAAAGAUUUAUACUGAAA